GGAAAAUUACAUAAAGCAGAGGCUGGCCAGUAAUGGUCGUUAUUGGUACUCAACAAUUCUCUUCCAAUAUCCUUCCGAACGACUCAUUUCAGCUUUCAACUACCCUCAAAAUGCGUGCCUCACUCACUUCCUUCAUUACUCUAUUGAUAAUUACGCUUGCUGAAGCAUCUGUUACCUGCGUCAAGGUUGGUGUAACAGCCAAAGCCACAUGGACCAAUUCAGCUGGGCAGACUUGCACGUGGACGGGAAGAGUUGGAACCAACUUUGGAACCAACACAGUUAACGCUGGAGACUACAGCUGCAAUGGAAGAUGUGGAGCAGGUUGCACUGGAAGUGCCCUUGGCAAUUACUACACACAAGACUGCUGGAACCAUGACAUAUGCUCUUACUUCAACAAUGCCUCAGGUGGUGCAAGUGACGCUAAUUGUGGUUCGGCAUAUACUGCGGCCGAAGAUGACUAUCUUCUUGGUGGAGUUGAUGGAUGUACUCAGACAAACCCCAGUAACUCAGCUGUUGUACCUACCACGAAACCUGUCUGUACUUGA